GAGAGGAGGGGGCGGUCCCGUCGGCUUCAUUUCUCAUCGGUGUGUGAACCAUAACAAAACAGCGACGACACGACGAAUGGCAAACAAGUCAGAAUAAAACACAAAACAGACAGCUGCAGCUAUGGGCAAGUCCCAGUCACACUUGGCCAAGCACAAAGACGAGAGUCAGGACGCACUGACGACUGCUAGCGACUACAGUGACGGUCAGACAGAAGAGGAUGGAAAAAGUGGAGAUGUAUCUCAGUUCCCCUAUGUGGAAUUCACCGGACGGGACAGUGUGACAUGCCCCACAUGUCAGGGCACUGGGAGAAUCCCACGAGGUCAAGAGAAUCAGCUUGUGGCUCUGAUUCCAUACAGCGACCAAAGGCUCAGGCCAAGCAGGACAAAACUGUAUGUCACAAUAUCAGUGGCUCUUUGCCUGCUGCUGUCUGGCCUGGCUGUGUUCUUCCUAUUCCCUCGCUCCAUUGAUGUGUCGUAUGUGGGGGUGAAGUCUGCCUACGUCUCCUAUGACCAGGAAAAACGAAUUGUCUAUCUCAACAUCACAAACACUCUGAACAUCACCAAUAAUAACUACUACGCCAUAUCUGUGACCAACAUCACAGCGCAAGUACAGUUCUCCAAGACGGUGAUAGGCAAGGCCAAGUUUAACAACAGCACAGUGAUCAUACCACUGGAUGAAGAGCAGAUUGACUACACAGUUCCCACCACCAUUGCUGAUGAGAUGAGUUAUAUGUUUGACUACUGUACUUUGCCAACCAUUAAAGUCCACAACAUAGUGGUGAUGAUGCAGGUGACGGUGACGACAUCGUACUUCGGACACACGGAGCAGGUCUCCCAGGAGAUGUACCAGUAUGUGGACUGUGGGGGGAACACCACCUCCUUGCAUGGGCAUGUGCAGGUCUACCAGUAAGGCAAGCAGAAGACCCUGGGUGUCAGAUACUGCUGCAAGUGAGGUUCUCACAGAGGUUGACUGGGCUGACUCCUGCAGAGGAAGUCCGAAACAGUGAAAUGAUUGAAAGCAGUAGUUUCAGAUAUGAUGCACUUUAGCCGGAUCCUUAUCUUCAGAAAGUAUUGAGAAUGUUGGAUGAGUACAGCAGGAAUGCGGUAACUGCUGCUGCCCCCUACUAUUCUAUACCACUUUUAAAUACUUUUAAUAAAAAUACAAUAACUAAGCUACAAGAGGUACUUGAUUUUUUUUUUUUUUUGGUCUUAGUGAAAACCACUGAGCAGUUCCUAACCACUCUUAUCUUCCCUCUUUUCAUUCCUUCCUGCUGCAGCUUUUCUUCCUUUAUUUUUCAUAAAGUAGAAUUCUUGAUAUUGUGUAGUGCAAUACGUUUGGUGUAUCAUCUUAUGUCUUUUUUUUUGAGGGGGGGCUCAGAAUUUUUUUUAUUUUCAGCUUGAGUAAAAGUUGGUAGUAUCAGUCUUUUCUUGUGUUUAUCUAUCAUCCAGCAAUCAUGACUAAUGUGAAGAUUUUGACAUCAGCAUAUUUUUUAUGAAUAAUUGAAACCAUUUUGCCAUUUAAGAAAAAAUAACUUUUUAAAAAGGGAUAAUAUUUUCAAUUUCAUAGCAAAUGUGGAAGCAAUACAGUGGGCUGUUAAAUACAGGAAUAUGUAAAUGUGAAUAUAAAAUAUGUACUUUCCUUCUGGUUUGCUUCAAAGCAUUAUAUCUAAAAUAACGCCUGGUCUGGAAGUAACUUUUUCCCUUUAAGGAGGCUGUCUUAUUUGUGUGGGUUAUGGUGUCAGUGCUAUAUUAAUCCACUCUGCACCUUUACUUUGAGUUGACUGCUACUCUUUAAUUUUUGAGAUUACAAUGACUUCUGCCUGUCUCUUUUAUCACGUGGUAUCAUUUUGGAUUGGCUUUGGAUUGAUCACCAGAAGUGACUCACUGUGGAUGCUGUGAUAAUAUGUUAAAGUUUAACAGCAGCAUAGAUUGUGUAAGUUGCUGAAUGACAUUUGUUUUGUCUGACAGACCAUGCCCAUAGCACAUAAAUGCCCGAUACAUGAUUUCUAAGUUCAAAAUUUCUGAUCUGAUUCUGAUUUCUGAUUUGUGAUCACACUGAUAGUCUGUUAAUACAAUUUCCAGUCAUCAUAAGAAAACUGUAAGAUCCGACCCUUCAUGACAUUUCAUGACACAAGUUUAGAUGUGAAAACCUUUCUGUUUCUGCCUAACAUCUCCACAAUGUUUUUUGUGUUUUAAAUGCAUGAAGCUGAAAAUAAAAUCAUGGUUC